AUGCUGCCCGGUGCAGCAGCCCUCGGCACUAGCUCGCAGCGGCGACGCGAGAGGACGGACUCGCCGCUACGCCGAUGGGUCCGCUUUAUGCUGCGCGAGGCCGACGGACAAGGCGACUGGGUCAUGAGCGUCGUCAUUGCACUGGCGGCGGUCUGGGUGCGCGCCGCAGUGGGGCUUGGCGGCUGGAGUGGACGCGGCAAGCCACCAUUACACGGCGACCUUGAGGCACAGCGGCAUUGGAUGGAGCUUACGCUGCAUCUGCCGCUGUCGCGCUGGUACGAGUACGACCUGCUUUACUGGGGCCUCGACUACCCGCCGCUCACGGCAUACGUGAGCUGGACAUGUGGCGCUAUUGGCUCGCUCGUUCCCGGCCUCGCUCCCCAUCUAGCUCUCGACUCUUCCCGCGGCAGCGAGGAUCCGCUCUUGAUUCUCUUCCUGCGCUCCAGCGUGCUGGCCCUCGACGUGCUGCUCUACAUGCCGCCCGUCCUCUUCUUCCUCUCGCGUCGCCUGCACGGCCGCGGUCGGCGAACGCGCACCAUCGCCAUCCUCAGCGUGCUGCUGCAGCCCAGCCUCGUGCUCAUCGACCACGGGCACUUCCAGUACAACAGCAUCAUGCUGGGUCUGUGCGCCGGCUGCUUCGCGCUGCUCUACAGCUCUCUGCCCAAUGCAGAUGCUGGCGUCGCAUCGACUGGCCCUGCGGCGGCUGGCGCCCAGGGCGACAAGCGCAAGGAGCUCAAGACAGACCUCAGCCGGCAGGUCUCCUACCAGUACAUUGCCGCUGCGGUGCUCUUCAGCCUGGCGCUCUGUUUCAAGCAGAUGGCGCUGUACUUUGCGCCUGCCGUCUUUGCUGUCAUGCUGGGACGCUGCUGGGGCCUGGCGGGCGUUGGCUUUGAGCGCGGCUUCAUCUGCUUCGCCAGCAUCGGCGCUGUGACGGCGCUGACGUUCCUCGUGAUGUUUGCGCCGUGGCUGACGUCGCUGGCGUCGAUCGGGCAAGUGAUUCACCGCAUCUUUCCGCUCGCGCGCGGCAUCUUCGAGGACAAGGUGGCCAACCUCUGGUGCCUGCUCUCUGUGCUGCCUCUGCCUGCGCGCUACAAGCUCAAGAACGCAAUGACUUCUGCAGCACUGGCACGCCUCAGUCUCGGCACCACACUCGCGACGAUUCUGGCCCCGUGCGUGCACCUCUUUGCGGCAGCUGCGCAGACUGUGCAGAUGGAGAUGUUCCUCGACGAAGACAAGGUCAACGCCACGCCGAGCGCAGCGCAGGAGCGACUUGCGCGCCUCGCGCCGUCUGAAGGCUCAGUGCUGUCUGGCGGCGCGCGCAGCAAUGCCGACCGCCGGCGACAGGCGCGGUCCUUCGCCGCCGCUUCCGAGACGGGCGGCUCCGAGCUCGGAUCGCUCUUCGCUGGCCGCAGUGCGCUCAACGGCGCAGCGCCAAGCGUCAGCGGCAGCAUCAUGGGCCUCUCUGCGCUGGGCUCCGAGGCCGAGCGGCCGCUCAUCGCCAGCAAGACGCCCUCGCCGGCGGCACAGGUGCUGCCGUAUGCGCUGCUGAGCGUGUCGCUCUCCUUCUUCCUCUUUGGCUUUCAGACGCAUGAGAAGAGCGUGCUGCUGCCGCUGCUGCCCCUCACGCUGCUCCUGACGGUCAAGGGCGACGAGUGGGGCGGAGGCGCGGGCGCCACGGACUGGGAGUGGGCGGUGCUCGGCAACAAUGUCGGCGUGUUCAGCAUGUGGCCGCUGCUUCAGAAGGACGGCCAGAGCCUGCAGUACCUCGUGCUGGUCCUCUUCUGGAACUGGGCCAUUGGUUCGGCGCCCUUCUCGGCGCUCCGCUCGCACCGCCAGACGUUCAUCGGCUGGGCAUCUGCAGCCAUCCACGCCGGCAUCCUCUUCCUGCACGCCCUGGAGAUUCUCCUUCCGCUGCUGCUCCCCGGCCUGGAGCAGCGCGUGACCUCGCGAUACCCCGACAUCUACGCCGUGCUCAACGUGCUGCUCUCUGCGCCGGCCCUGGGCCUGCUGUGGGCGUGGGCCCUCAAGCGCCAGCUUGAAGUGGGCCUGGCCUGCGGCAUCGAGCCGCUGGGCCUGCUGGGCGGCGCGCAGAAGAAGCAACGAAAGACGCCCGCUGCAGCGAAGCGCUCAGAGGCAGCCAAAGCCUCGCACUGA